UUGUUCGAACUUGUCAGGUAUGAGUCAGGCAACUUAUACAUAAAAUCACCAGACAUUUGCAAGGAAGAGCACGGCAUUUUUUCAGCACUUCCACUUAAGAGCUAGAAGGAAAUAACAGAAUUGGAGAAAUGAUCUGAGAGGUAAGUAAUCGUUCCCCAUCUGCUAAAGCAAAAACCGUACUGUUUGGAUCAGCGAAGGUACCUUAGGCAAAAUCAUCACCACUCAAGGACCAUUGUUGGCAGUCUCAUCAGGCGAAGGGAGUCCAAUAGCUCCAAACGCUAUAAUGAGUUCAGGGGCGGGUUUACGCUCUGGGUUCGGGUCAUCUGGCAUGUCUUCGGGGUUUGUGACGGUUGAAGAUAAGAGAGAAGGGAGUCCUGGUACUGUCACCUUUACAAAGAUGUCCAAAACCUACAGUGCCGAUGGAUUUGGGAAUUCAACGAGAGGUUCAACAUCGGCAGUUGCCUCGUCUCCUAUUUUGAAGGAGAGGAAGAUCAUGACCACAAUGGCAGCAAGUCAUUCUGAUGUUUUUGACGGGAGUACAAGUACAGACUCAUCUCCAGAGUAUUCCAAGAAGGAGUUUGGCUCCUCAAAGGCAAUGUCAGGUUCCACCCCACGGGGGAGAUCUCAGAGUCGAGAGAGUGCGAUCCGAGCCAGGCUUCAGAGUGCUUCUGAUUCAGCAAGUUGGACUGAACUGGAUGACGUGAAGCGUCUGCUGAAAGGAAGUCAGUCUGAGAGCAUCAGCACCGUUCAGUCCCCAAACAACUCUUUGCCCAUUCCAAAGAAGGCCAGCGUGGAAACAAGAACCAUAUCUGAGACCAUCAGCACCAUUAAGUCUCCAAACAACUCAUUGCCCAUUCCCAAGAAGGCCAGUGUGGAAACUAGAACCAUUUCUGAGAGCACGAGCACCAUUCAGUCUCCUAACCACUCGUUGGUCAUACCCAAAAAUACCAGUGGGGACACAAGGAUUGUGUCUGAGAGUAUCAGCACUAUUCAUUCCCCAAACAGCUUGCUGACUAUCCCCAAGAUCACUAGUGUGGAGACCCGGAUGGGGACGGAGAACUCAAAAUCAGGUCUGUUGACAGGCCAAGAUCACUUUGGUGGUAUUUGGCCUGGAAGUGUUAACAGCAGCUACAGCUUCAAUCCAAACCCCAACAACCUAACCACCACAUCUACCGUUUACCACUCAGGUCAGUCAAGCGGAAGUCGAGGUGGAAAAGGAGGUGUCGGAGGGGGUGUUCGCAACAAUAUGGUCCUAAGCUCUCCCCCUCUGCACAGUGGCCUAUCCGUCAGCAGCACCAUGCCAGUGUAUGGUGUUCAGAAUAACCUGAUCAGUACCAACACCAGCCCUGCUGUCUUCUCUCCAGCUGGAGCAAACACUGACACAGUUUAUGGUGUGCAGAAAAAUGUCUCUAGCCCUGCAAUCAGCACAACCAAAGUGCGUCCCCGCAGUCCUUCUAUUGAUGAGCCUUUGGACAAAGAUUUUACAUUUGCGAUGGUAGAAAAGGACAAAACACCUAUCAAGAAGGAGACAGAGCGACUGGUCACGACCAAAGACACUGGCAAACAAUUCGUGUCUACUGCUCCUGCAACUUCUUCAAUGUCUACUGCUGCCUACUCUGAUGAUUCAUUGAUGAGGGAGAAACACAAGUUUUCAAUGAGCACAAUGAAUGAUGAAAGGAAUGCUAAAGCUACCUACUCUGAUGAUUCAUUGAUGAGGGAGAAACACAAGUUUUCAAUGGGCACAAUGAAUGAUGAAAGGAAUGCUAAAGCUACCUACUCUGAUGAUUCAUUGAUGAGGGAGAAAUACAAGUUUUCAAUGGGCACAAUGAAUGAUGAAAGGGAUGCCAAAGCUGCACUUCUGAAAUACGGCUCAAAAGAUAAAACUGGCUGCGCAGACAUAUGCAAUGACGGCUCAUGUUUUGGCCUGAGCCGCUGCUGUCGCUGCAGUUGGUGGAAGUGGCUGCUGGGUAGCCUGCUCGGCCUGCUCCUUCUUCUUGGUCUCCUCUUCGGGCUCAUCGCUUUGAGUGAGGAAGUGAAACGUCUCAGGAAGCGAGUUGAAGCUGUAGAAGCCAUCACCGGCACUACGUCAGCGAGGACAAGUCGUCUCUCCGGCUCCUCUGCCAUCAACAUUGCUGAUCCGCUGGAUUCUAAAUACUCCGACAGGAGUUAUUCUGGUUCCACACUGACUCACUCUGAUAACGGAAUUGGUUUAGGGACUGCAAGAGGGGGUGCAGCACGUGGAUCAGGAGAGGAUUUGCAAAGAACUGUCCAGCAGUUGGUCAGAGCCGAAUUACGCUCUGAUGGUUUAAGAGACUCGCUGAAAGGAGCUAAAGGAGACCCUGGAAUGAAAGGUGAUCCGGGUGUUCUUGGGCUUCAAGGUGAUCCUGGGUUUCCUGGCCUACCAGGUCCUUCUGGACGAGCGGGCAACCCAGGAACAGAAGGGCCCAGGGGUCCAAAGGGAAACACAGGUGAUCCAGGUCCUCAGGGAUUUCCAGGUCAGAAGGGCUUGGACGGGCUGCUGGGCCCUCGCGGAGAAGCAGGGCCUCCAGGUUUUGGCUCGAAAGGAGAGAAAGGCAAUUCGGGACCCGUUGGUGCUCCUGGACAAGUGGGACAGAGAGGUGCUCCUGGUCUCAAGGGUUCCCAGGGUGAUAGUGGAUAUCCAGGACAAAAAGGAACACCAGGCUUACCAGGAACCAAAGGAGGCUUGGGACAGAGGGGACCGAGUGGCCCAUCAGGUGAACCUGGAAAAGAGGGACAAAAGGGCUCUAAGGGAACUGCAGGUGUUCCUGGAAUACCAGGACAGCCUGGUGCAAAAGGUGAAAGGGGUGCAGCUGGUCAAGUCAUUUCUGCAGCUGGCUCCAGUACGGUGGCGAUCCCGGGACCACCAGGACCAACUGGACCUCCAGGUCCCACUGGAGUUCCUGGUUUGUCUGGUCCCAUGGGUCCAAAUGGAAAUCCUGGUCCAAAAGGAGACCGUGGAGAGAAAGGUGACAGAGGUGAGAGAGGAGAAGCUGGCGUCAGCGUCUCAAGAUCAGAAACUAUCAGUUCAACACGAACCGGUACUCUGUCAUCAUCGGCUGGACUUAGGGGCCCACCGGGACCUCCAGGGCCUCCUGGAGCCCCAGGUGCUCCUGGUGAGAGAAGAGAAGGUCCUACUGGGCGUAGAGGUCCACCUGGAGAGCCAGGUAUUGGAGUACCUGGACCUGCAGGGCCAAAAGGAGAGCCUGGCAACUUUGAACCUUCAUCUGGAACCUUCUUUGCUGGACCUCCAGGACCACCAGGACCUCCUGGACCCCAGGGCCCACAGGGUGAGCGAGGACUCAGAGGUUACCAAGGAGAACCAGGUCAGCCAGGGUUGGCAGGAAUUCCAGGCGGAUCAGGUGGUUCAGGAUUCUCUGGAGUCUCCCUUGGGGGCUCAUCAAGACGAGGAUUACCUGGACCUCCUGGACCACCUGGUCCACCUGGAAGAGGUUGGAGUGCAUCAGGAUCAAGUGAAAUGGGCCAGUACAUUGCAGAGUACAUUCAGAGUGGAAACCUUAAGCAGUAUUUGGUGGGGCCUCCGGGACCUCCAGGGCCUCCAGGGGUCUCAGCGGCUUCAGGUGCCGUGAUGGUAGAUGAUGUAGCAAACCGAGUCAUUGCCUACAUGCAGAGUCAGGGCAGAGGAUAUGGUGGGACUUCUGGCUCGCUUGGUCUGGGUGUUCAAAGUGGCUCCAUGUCUGUCGAUGACCUCAUUGCCCUUUUACAGCGAGAAGAGGUGAGAAGGUAUGUUGCUGGUCCACCUGGUCCACCAGGGCCCCCUGGAGCACCAGGUCAAGGAAGUUAUAGAUUUAGCAUGCAGGAAGUGGCUGAACGUGUCAUCAGUUUGAUGAAAGAGAGGGGCAUGUUUGGUGCAUCUGGACAAGGAAAUGGCUUCUCGAGUACUGUUGGACCCCAGGGGCCACCUGGUGUGCCAGGUCCCCCUGGACCUCCUGGAGCAUCAGGAACUGGGAACUACUUGAGCUCAGAUGUUCGUGAAUAUUUGCAAAGUAUUGCCGGUAGAGGUACUCCAGGUCCACCAGGGCCCCCUGGACCCAUGGGUCCACCUGGGACAAGCACUGAACUUACCUACAUUGGUGGUGCGAACGGCGAGACGAUCACAGCAGAUAGACGGGAAUAUGUCAGCAGUGGUAGGACAAGAGGAGGUAUGUUUGGCAUUCCUGGUCCACCUGGUCCUCCUGGACCCCCAGGAGAAAAGGGAGAUUCGGGUGUAUCUGGUGGUAGGAAUUGGCACGUGGAUACUACUGGAGACUACUCCAGUAUGGCUGUGGGAAUCACAGAUUACAUCAAAUCCCAUGGCCUGCUUCGAGAUGUUGUCCAAGGUGGUGCUGUCCAAGGGCCUCCGGGACCUCCCGGUCCUCCUGGAUACAGCCAGUGGUUUGGUUCUCAAGAUAAUGCUGUGGAUAUUGUGGAGUACAUCAAAUCCCAAGGUCUGCUCUAUGACUCUGGAAGAGAUCAAUAUGGCCGUUCUGGGCAAGGACUAAGAGGACCACCUGGACCUCCAGGACCUCCAGGGUCCACCCGUUGGUAUGGUUCUCAAGGAAACGCAACAGAUCUAGUGGAAUACAUAAGAUCUCACGGUGUGUUACGUGACAUCAUCAGAGAGUACAGCAGUCAUAUCCACCAAGGACCUCCAGGCCCUCCUGGUCCUUCAGGUCAAAGUCAAGGGUUCGGUUCGAGUGGAAAUUACACACAUCUUGUGGAAUACCUCCAAUCACGUGGUUUAAUUGGUGACAGAAGAUGGAACAACUACGAACACAGUGUUCAAGGGCCACCAGGACUUCCAGGGCCUCCAGGAGCUCCUGGAUACAGCCGAGUGUUUGGCUCCCAAGCAAACGUCACUGAUUUAGUGGAAUUUAUCAGAACAAACGGUGCCAUUGUCGGAGCACCAGGGAGACCAGGACAAAAAGGGGAAAUAGGAUUCCCAGGCCCAAAAGGAGACAGAGGUGACCGUGGAUAUCCAGGGCAACAAGGGCCCAAGGGAGAAAACGGUGACUACUCAGGAGUUUCAAGGAGGUCAAAGAGGCAUACUGGUGUCUGAGCCACAUGACUAUGUGGAUGAAGGUGUGAUGCACAAUUGUUCGUUUUACAAGAGUAAAUGUAUGCAAUAUUUUUUCAUUACUGUAUCUGCUUCGCUAUCAGGGAUCGUAUUGAAAAUGAAUUUUAAACCAAUAGCCGAAGCUUUUAUUGUUAAUUCACAAGUGUGACUAGACUUGGACACGCGUACAAUCAAACCAACUGCUGUUAUUAUAUUCAGUGUAUAUAUUUUGUACUUAUGUGCAGUUGAAUGUAGCUUGAAACAAAAUUUAGUGGACCAACUUUACAAAGCUGGGGUUUACUUUUGGGUUUCAGCUUGUGGGAAAAAAUAUAUAUGGCCAUUUUCAAAGAACUCAUAGCAAGACUAAGCACAGCUGUCGUACAGAGGAAACUUUAUUUACAGAAAAAUGAAAAUCUACAUGACGGAGGACACCUAGAAACUAUACAUUUUUAAAAAUGAAUUAUUUUUCAUGUGAAUUAUUAAAUUGAUAUCACAGCAAAGUCAUUAUAACUACGCAAGACUUAAUUUCACGAUUACAGCUUUAAGUUGUUCUACGAUACAAAAUGAGAGAAGCAAGUAAGUGGCCGGUUUUAUUUACCCGAAAUAUUGCUUAGUUAUGUCAUGUAAAAAAAGUGCACAGCUUUCCACUUUGUUUUUGUGCCUUACUAUUAAAUACCUUCAGAAACACUUGAUAGAAAGAUAGCAUGAAAUGAGUUGAUAAUUCAAGAAAGCCUAAACAAGUCAGGCCCCCAUUUUGCUUGAACUUCAUUAGAUGUGAACAUCCUCGCAAACCAAAAACACAAACACGAAAACACGAACAAACAUGCAAAGAGCUCAUCUUUUGUUUCUUUUAAUCCAGACAAUUUAUGCAGUGAGGAUGAAUUUAUUACAAAAAAAAA